CCAUGUUUCUGGUUGAAGUCUGCUCACUGGCCCUGCGUCCGAGAUCUCGACUACAAUCCGCACCGACCACAUAUCCUCGCCACUGGCGGCGAUGAUGGCUGUGUGAAGCUAUGGGAUUUACGCUAUUUGGCUUCUGGAUCCUAUCCAUCGUCGUCUACCAAUACUGGUGUUGCGUCCACUUUGAGUAGGGAGUUUUCGGGGGCGGUGAAGAGUGAAAAGGAGCUUGACAGCACACUUCGAAGUGAAUCGUCCGAGUGCAGGAGCUCAGUCAUAGAAAAUUCUGGUAUCCAUGGCGACAUGACAGGCACAAGGCCGUUGGUCCAGCUUAGGGCCCAUUCUCAUUGGGUGAGCAAUAUAAAUAACUUGGCUGAAAGCCAUUAG